UUGCCUGCUCGAAUUCAUACAGAUCCCGCCUUCUGCUCUGUGAUUGGCUGGUCUUGUAUUUCUUCUUAGACUGUGAUUGGCUAGCAGUGUCUUUCCUCAUGCGCUAGGAUUGGCUGAUUGGCUGGAGCUCUCCUAGCCACUGCUCUUCAGCUAGAGAGGCGGAUUUGUUAGCAUGACGACUAGCACAAAGAACUAGCGGGUUUAUUUAGAUUUAUUGUUAGAAACAAAUAUUUUUCUAAAGUUAUAAAUUAAAACAAGUAAAGUGGUUGCGUAUUUAUCAAGUAACGAAUAAAUACUUCGCGAAUUCUGCUGCCAAGUGGAAACGGAAAUGGAAGCGAGCCGAGAAGUCACUCAGCGGACAUGAGAGCGGCAGGUGUUCAUCCUGUAACCGCACACAAAUCUUCAAACCUCACGCCAUGUCCCGUAACGCUGCUAUGUCUCCGACCCAUGAGGCGCCGACCGAGUCUUGAGCUCGUUCUGCGAGGGGCUCGUCCGGCCCACUCAUGCCCGUGAUUCCCAUCCCGAGGCGGGCGCGUUCCUUCCACGGCCCCCACAGCACGUGCAUGCACUCGGCCUGCGUCCCGGCACGCACCUCCCAGCUCCUGCGCACCAACUACAGCAACUUCGACCUGUACCUGAAGUCGCGCUGGACCUACGGCUUCGUGCGCUUUCUCCUCUACUUCGGCUGCAGCCUGUUCACGUCGCUCCUGUGGGUGGCGCUCGCGACACUGCUGUGCCUCGAGUAUGUGUGCGUGCGUGUCGUACUACGCCUCCAGUACAAACUCUCGGUCAUCCUGCUGCUCCUGGGACAUCGCAGGCUGGACUUCGGCGUCCUGAACGAGAUCUUCAUAUACAGCAUGCACAUCACCAUGUUCCUGGUUGGAGGAUUCGGGUGGUGCUUCAUGGUCUUUGUGGAUAUGUAGACAGUCUGAAAAAAUGCGCGAAGUAACACUCGCGCGACGUCCAUCGCGCGCCGAGUGUAGUCGAUCAGCCGAGACGUGUUCGGGGUGUGACGUUCACGUCUUCGGUUUUGAACUAUGGGUCUGAGGCUAAUGCAGGAAACUCCUCGUGAAAGUCUGUCCCACACAAAAUGUAUACAGCUCUCCAUAAAUGUGUUUCAGAUCAUAAUCCGUAUUAACUGCGGGUGUGAACCGCACUCUUUCAGACGAUACAGGACGGGGUACGAUACGGUUAAACAAGCAACGAUUCGGUACACUUCAAUUCGAUUCACUGUUCCGAUAUGAUCCGGUUCAGCACUGAUCUGAUUCGGUUCAGCGCUGAUUCAGAUUUAAUUCCAAUUGAAUUCAGUUGAGUUAAAUUAGUGUUUUCCACCACAGGAAAGUCUCUCUCUCUCUCUUACUCUCACACACACACACACACACACACACACACAUCGAGUUUCGAAGGCAGUACUGCUUACUAACCGUUUUCCUUUUCAGUUCGCAUCUUCGCCAGUAAACCGUUUCGUAGACUGUAUAUUAUUAACACUUUUAAAGUUUCCUCCGCUUUCCCUUCAGCAUUUUGAUGCGUUUCCACCUUCAAAAGUUAGUGGGCGGGGCUUAGGAAGCGUCAUGAUCUCUUAGGAAAGAAGAUUUACAAGAUGGCUGCCCCAGUAACAUUUCAGCGUUCAGCUACACGGCAAAGUUUUGUUUGUGUGUAAAGAUGACAGGAAAUCAGACUCUUUGUGUGUGUGUGUGUGUGUGUGUGUGUGUUGUGAUUUUUCUUUGAAAUAGACUUCCAUUGUGAGUUAAAUACAUUAGCCUCAUGGCUCCAGUGCAACACUGAAGAGUCAAACGUCACACUCGCGCCAAACACGUCUUGGCUGAUCGAAUACUUUUGGCGUAACGUGGAAGAUUGUGUCAAUAUUUUUUUUUUUACCAAACUAUUCCUUGUAAGUACUUUUAACACAACACUAACGGAUACUAACGUGCCAACUGUUUACUGCAUGAUAAACGCCGGACUUUUUUAAUUUGUUUAUUUAUUUUUUUGAAAUCACCAACCCUUUCACAUUCCAUACGUUAUUUCAGCAUGCUCCGUUGUUGCUGCGUUGUUGAUGUCAUAUUAAAGGUGCCGUCUGCGUGAUUACGCGGUUAACCUCGAAGCAGAAACUGUAGCUUUAAAGGAGAAGUCGGAGAAAUCAAACUCGGUCCGAAGUCGCUACAAAGUAAACGAAGGCCACGUCACCUAAAAUCUUUCUCUUUGGUAAAUAUUUACCUGAAAGUGCAAUCGUAGACGCGUCCAUUUGUUUCAAAAAUACGACGUAGCUUAUUAAUUCCGUUUGAAAAAACGCGCAUAUUUUACGGAAAAGAUUCCGGGUGACUCGGAGAUUAUUAUUCGGACGGGAUUCGUUUUACAUGACAUCUGGGGUACUUAUGAUAAAUAAAAAAAAUUUCCACGCGUACCACAUACACGCACUUAAUUUUAAUACGGACUGAUUGUUCUGAGCGCUUGUUGUAGGGGGCGUGGAUACGCAGUUUGAUCGUCACAUGAUUCGGGCGGGACUGAAAUCCCAGAGACACUCAAAUGAUAUUUACGCUACACGUGUCUGGAUGUAAAACUAAUCCCGGCCGAAUAGGGCUUUUAGAUAUAUUGAUGAUAACUCCAGUGGGGGGAAAAAAAGAAAAGAGUGAUUACUUUUGAGGUAAGAGGGAGUGUUGUGGACGUUUUUCGCCACACUUUUCCUUUAAUUUAAGUGAAGAAAGUGUCGUGUGCAUUUUUUUUUUUUUUUAAUCACAUGAUCACACACACACGGAGAGUUUACUACGACGCUCGAUGCCAAGCAGACCAUGAGUCUGACGCCCCACGUCGGGUCUGCGAGUAAAACCGCUUCACACAAUCUGCCAUUGUUCGGGGAUCAAGGCGUCAUACGCCUCAUGCUUGGCCGGACGCUUUCUUUUGUUCCCUGAACGAAGGCGCUCGGGCGUGGUUCGGGUCCAGCAGCGUGAAACAUGUCGCGCAUCGUGCCGUCACCUUCUAGAUGCACACGUGAUCGUCCUCGUCGGCGUGUCUCCGCUGUGCCGUGUUCGUUAUCCGUUAUGUUCAUUUCAUUCAAGUUCACUGGAUCCUCAGGAACUGCUUUUUGUUUUUUGUUUUUUUUUGUUUUUUUACAAAUAAAUUUAUUUAAAACUUUAAA